UAAAAAAUAUGCGAAGACAUACUGUAUUAAUCAUUAUCCUUCUCCUUCAUACCUGCCUCUUUCUCGGCAUAAUUGUGACUCGGGAAUGCCAAGAAGUCCAUUUUAAAAGUGAACCUGAAAAGAUCAGCACAAAAACGAAUUACGAAAGAUUGAUGCCAACUUGGGUUGAAGAAAAGAUGGGGCAUAAGCACCCAUCAGGACCUAACCCAACAGGAAAUCGCCACCCACCGGUCAAAGUGAAACCCUGAGUCGACAACAGUUUAACUAUUGCAGCAAAACGAUCUUAUGUUAAUCUCUUUGAUAUAUAUAUCUAGUAUAAUAAAUAGGGAACCGACGUUUGAUGAUUGAGAUUCCUUAAAGCUGUAGACUUCAUUUUCCAAUGUAAGUGUAAAACAUAUGUACUCUGAUCAGUUACAUCAAUUCCAACGAAAAUAAAUUCCACAGAAUAGUGGAUGAACA